UGUAUAAACACAACACAAUUGCAUGAUCGUUGUGUCAGGAGAGAGAUAAAUAACCUUCUCUCUAGCUUUUGGGGAUCUAUAUAACAGACAGUGCCUCACUUUGUUCUCUUUGUCCCUCUACCUUCCAUACACACACGUAGUACCAUCUCUCUCUCUCUCUCUCUUCUGCCUCGCAAACACUCCUUCCCAAAAGAAAGAAAGAAAUAAAGCAAUGGAGAGGCUGAACUCGAAGCUGUAUGUGGAGAACUGUUACAUAAUGAAAGAAAACGAGAGGCUAAGGAAGAAAGCUGAGCUUCUGAAUCAAGAGAAUCAACAACUUUUGUUUCAGCUCAAACAGAGACUCUCCAAAACUAAGAACCCUAAUGGUUCAAACAAUGACAACGAUAUCUGUUCAUCAAGCUCUGCUUCUGGAAAAUCCUGAAUUAAAAGAUCUGACAUUGGUAGAAGAAAAAACUCAACCCGAAGGAUCUUUUGUUGUUGUUGUUGUUAUUUGGUGUAAUGUAGGGAAAGUAGUGGUGUAUCCAGUAGUUUGUUCUGAAAAGAAGAUUCUGUUUUAUUACAAGACGACAGUGUCUCUCUGUUGGUCUUCUCACUCGCAUUCACUUUUAUUUCUAUUUUCUACGUUAACUAAAGAUCUUUGCUUUCUUGUGUGAGAUUGCCGAUUAAUUGGGUUUUUAGGACUUGGUUUUUUCUUACAAUAAUAUGGUACCUCUGCUCUACUUAUCAAAUAUCUGGUUAACUCUAUAACUA